CCUCAUCAACCUCAUCAACCUCAUCAACCUCAUCAACCUCAUCAACCUUCUCAAUUUACUCGGUAUUAUUAAUAUCUCUUAGGCUUUUACAAUUAAACCGCACAACAAUGAAGGCUGCUACUACGAUCAUCGCUACGCUAGCAUCAGCCGGCUUCGUCCGCGCUCAUGUUGCUGCGUUUACAAAGGGCAUGUACUGUCUGAAUGGUACGGAACCCGGAGUGGAAGACUUAAACACCAACACCGUCGUAAAUCCCCUUUUCCAACUCCCGAAGAGCCAAUGGUGGAUGCAGCACGAUCGCGGCUGCGACUCGGAUCAGUUCCGUCCUAGCCCCGGCGACUUUCUAGAGCUCCCGGCCGGCGGAUCCUUUACUGUCGAGUUAGCCCACAACCGUGCCCAAACCACUCUCUCUUACGAUGGGAAAUUUACGUCGGAGUGGCCAGAUGGACAGCAGCAUCCGGAAGACUGGCACAGCCCAACUCCCAACGACUGCCUCAACGCUAACCCGGAUGGUAUGGGGGGCGCGAUGCAUACCCACAACGAAUCGACUGCCGCCGGCACCGCUUUCGCCAUCUCCUACAACUCGGAUCUAUCCAAGGUGACGAUGGAGAACUUGGCGGUAUUUACCGUUCUAGAGCACACACCAUGGAAACGCCUAGCCACUUACCAAGUGCCUCGCGACCUACCACCAUGCCCCGAAGACGGCUGCUACUGUGCGUGGCUGUGGGUUCCGGAUGGAUGCGGCGAACCGAACAUGUACAUGCAAAACUUCAAGUGCCGCGUUACCGGCUCUACUUCUACGAGAACGGUUGCUCCCGCUAAGGCGCCGGUACGCUGCGACGACGGAAAGACCCCCUGUAUUUCCGGAGCAAAGCAGAUGAUCGCUUGGAAUCAGGCCGAUGGCAACAACGUCGAGACACCGGCCGGCGUGUCUCCGGGUUACAACCAGAAGAUGGGUUGGCAGCCCGGUGCGCAGAACGAUAUUUUCCAGUGAGCGUAGAAGUUCGAUCCUCUGCUCAAAGGGAUACAAAAACCAACCUCGGCUUCCGUUAUUUUCGAAUCAGAUAUGGAUAAGGUACUUUUGGUUGGUUGUAGCAUAUUAUUUCUUAUUGGUUUACUUCCACUGUCUAUUUUGCUGUCGAGUAUAUAGUCCCCUCAAGUAUAUAGUUGAUCAAUCACUUUCAUUUCUACGAGCCCUAGACAGAUAUAGUUUAUGAAAUACGUCUUAACGUGCUGCGUGUGGAUUUAAUGACCG